CCCACAUUCGCGAUAAAUGCAUCAUCUUAAUCCUUAUGCAAAUCAAUCGCUGAAUUUCAUUGAAUUGCUGGAAAAGGAUGAUGGAUUAGCAAAGAUAGUAGGAAAAAGAAAAGAUGGUAAUUGGGAACAGAUUGAUUUCAAAAAUUCUUCUGUUUUGCGUGCGGUGACAGAAGCUACAUUGUUGCAUGAAUUCGGCAUAACCAUCACGCUCAAAGAGGACCGGCUUUGUCCAACAAUUCCUAAUAGGCUUGAUUAUUUGGCUUGGAUGGAGGAGAUAUGGAACAGUACAUGUCUACAUGAGCUCGAAGACUUCAUCGCAACUUCAAAUGAGGAGAUUGCCGCCGAUGCCAGACCACCAAAGCGCAAAAGAGUCGAAAGAGAGACCUCACUGCGAAUCUUAGACAUAGGAACAGGAUCAUCAUGCAUAUACCCAUUGUUGGGCUGUUCACUGCAUUCGAAUUGGGAAUUCAUAGGCACAGAUAUCGAUAAAGAGUCCCUAAAGAAUGCUCGAGAAGCGAUUCACGAUGCAAGGAACGACCGGAAUAGCGCUGCCAGUAAGGCAUCUCAUCCUCUCAAUUUAACAAAGCGUAUUCACUUGCUGGAAAGGGAAAGAGAUCAGUCACUCUUUCCAAGCUCACAGGAAGUAUGUGCAACAUGUCUGAAUCCCGUGCAUUCGACAUCGUCACCUUCAGAAGAAGGAUAUAUCUACCAUAUGACGAUGUGCAAUCCACCUUUCUACGCCAGUCAAGCUGAGAUGGAUGAAUCACUGCAAGCAAAAGCAACACCACCAAAUGCUGUCUGUCAUGGAUCCGCAAACGAGAUGAUUUGCGUAGGGGGCGAAUUAUCAUUCAUCAAGCAAAUGAUCGAUGAAAGCACAAGGAUGAAAGACGAGGUGAUCUGGUUUACGACCUUGAUCGGAAAGCUAUCGGAUGUGGAGCCGAUUGUGGAGGGAUUGCAAAAGCGAGACGCUUCACAUUUACAAGUGACCGAUUUCUUACAAGGAAAGACGAAACGAUGGGCGGUAGUAUGGACGUUUACUGCUUUUCGGUUGCCAAAGCUGGAAAAGGCCAACAAGUUAACUUCGCUGCCUGAAAAUAGUCAGCAUAUCUUUGAGUUGGAUGAACAUGGUGAUGUGAUCGAUUUCGCAACUCGCCUCAAGAACGAUCUUCGGGAUUCUGGCUUUUACGCCAACUUAGCCGAGGAUACAUUUCAGACAUCUACCCACCUUAUUGUCUUUGCCAAAGAGGACACAUGGACCCGCAAAGCUAGACGUUUGAAGGCUCGGGGUGCUGUCGUACAAACACAAGACUCCUCCCUACCAGUGGUCGGUGUCCGCAUCACAUUGCGAAAGACGGAAGGUAGACCUUUGACACAGAUGCUACUUGUUUGGAUCUAUGGACGUAAUAGACAACUCUUUGAUAGUCUUUGCAUGUCAAUUCGCAACCGGAUUUUGGCCAAGAACAAUUAAUCAAUGUACAUCAUUCAGACAAUACUCCACAUAUUGUACACUAAAAAGCAAUUUCAUUGAAGUAAAUCAU